UUCCGGACAUGCGCAGUGCGCCACAAGAGGCAGACCGGGGCGAAUGAUGGCGUCGUCAGCCGCUCGCUGUUCCACACGUUGGUUUACUGUCAUCUUGUCCUCUGGGCAUCAGCGUGUAGCUGGUGCCGUUGUCUCGCCUUUCCACGGAGGGGCCCGGGGAGUUUCGACGUUCAGAGCCGGGACGCUAUGGGCCGGAAAAAGCCUGGUUUGUGCCGGCAAAGGGUUGACAUUGAAAGGGCUAGCAGGUUUCAAAGCAACCCAUAUUGUGUGCACCUUUCACACAAGCACAGCAGCGAGCAACAAGCAGGACUUUUACCAGAUCCUGGGUGUACCUCGCACAGCGACCCAAAAAGAGAUCAAGAAAGCCUACUAUCAGAUGGCCAAAAAGUACCAUCCUGACACAAACAAAAAUGACCAACAAGCCAAGGAGAAAUUUGCCCAGCUGGCUGAGGCUUAUGAGGUGCUCAGUGACGAAGCAAAGAGGAAGCAGUACGACGUGUACGGCUCGACAGGCUUUGAUGCAGGGCAGGCUGGCAGAAGGCAGCAGAAUUGGUCCGGGCAAGCAGGCAGCGUGAACCCGGAGGAGCUUUUCCGGAAGAUUUUUGAAGACUUCUCUGGGGGACGUGGAUUCGGUGACUUUAACGCCGUCUUUGAUCAGCCACAGGAGUACAUCAUGGAGCUGACAUUCACUCAAGCAGCCAAGGGGGUCAACAAGGAGAUUUCUAUAAACAUGGAAGCAUCCUGCCAGCGUUGCGAUGGCAAGGGCCACGAGCCAGGCACUAAGGUCCAGCACUGCCACUACUGCAAUGGCUCUGGCAUGGAGACAGUAAACACAGGUCCGUUCGUGAUGCGCUCCACAUGCCGGCGCUGCGGCGGCAAGGGAACGGUCAUAUCCACCCCGUGUCACUCAUGCCGUGGGACGGGACAAACCAAGCAGAGGAAAACGGUGAUGGUCCCAGUGCCUGCGGGAGUGGAGGAAGGCCAGACUGUCCGAAUGCCUGUUGGAAAGAAGGAGAUCUUCAUCACAUUUAGGGUCCAAAAGAGUCCGGUUUUCAAGAGGGACGGUGCAGACAUCCACUCUGAUCUUCACAUCUCUGUGGCACAAGCCAUCCUGGGCGGCACGGCCAGAACGCAAGGCCUCUACGAGACACUUAACUUAGCUAUCCCAGCAGGCAUCCAGACCGACCAGAGGAUCCAGCUUGCCGGGAAGGGAAUCGCUCGCGUCAGCGGCUACGGCUUCGGAGAUCAUUACAUCCACCUUAAAAUUAAAGUACCCAAGACCCUGACAGACCGGCAGAGAACUCUACUGAUGAGCUACGCCGAGGAUGAGACGGACGUGGAGGGAACGAUUAAUGGCGUCACAUCCACCACCACAGGUGGGGGCAGCAGUGGUAAGCAAUUUGAGGAAGGGCUUGACAGGAAGGAGUUGAAACAAGAGGGGGGCUUCUUCUCCAAAUUGAAGAGCUUGUUUAGUUCAUCCUGACAGCCACAAACCAGGAAUCAUUUUGUUGUCCAAUGUCCAGUGUUGGUACCUGCAUUCUCUUUUUCGCUCCUCUUGAAGGUAAGAGGUCUUCGUGGAACUGAGACACUUCCUCACGACCUGCAAGGACAGCCCUAUUGUAGGCGUUUGAGGUAAACAUCUCACGACACAAGCCCAGCAGCAUUGAUCUAAGGCAAAGGAAAAACACCAGAAGGCUAAAAAGUUUCUCGCUUGUCCAUUUUUGUUUCAAAGACUAUACCAAGACAGCAGUCUCAACGUGUAGGCAAAUACAUUCAAGUAUGUCCUCUGGUUGGCAAUUGCUUAAUAACAUAUUGAAGAGGCCAGACAUCUUGUUACUGAAUUACUGUCUCUUAUUUGUUAGCACUUCUGAACUUUUAACUAUCCCCUCGCAGUCCAAGUCUGUCUUGCCUUUUGUGGCUACUUCAGUUGUACAGUUAGAUUAGGAAUCAUGUGACAUAAUAAACCUACAGCCUCGGAAA